ACCACUAUUUCCUAGUGUGCAUUGUUGUACUAAACAGAGUUGCGUUUUUACAGAGGCCGUCCUUUCUUUUACAGAGAGUUUUCGUGGUCUGAGCAUGGCCAAGACAUCGCCACUUUCCUUGUUCCCGUUGGUUCUUAUAUUUCUAUUCUCUGGCAGUUAUUCACUUCGGUGUAGGUACAACCAGUUUAAAGUUCAAGAUGUGAUGGGUAACUGGUCAUGUAUUGAUUGCCGCAAGUGCCCUCCUGGUUAUGGCUUGACUCCACAAUGUUACAAUGAAGUUGAAUAUGGUACCCGUAUUGAGUGCAAAAAAUGUGAGCUUGGAAAAACAUAUUCUGAUGCUCAUAAUACUGGAUCUUGCAUUUCAUGUGGAAUUUGUGCCAAACAUGAAAAAGUCCACCAUAAAUGCAAUUUGACAUCAAAUUCAGAGUGCGGAAAAUGUGACAAAGGCUUCUAUAGUGAAGGAUUAACUGGAGAUUGUAAGCCAUGUUCCUUUUGUUGCUCAUUUCUUCCCAACCACUCUGAUAUAAGCAAUAGCGUGAAAGAUGAAUGUAAAAACAUGCCAUACUAUCAACGAUGUGAUGCCAAUGUUAUCAAUUGUCAAGCACCAAAAUGUAGAGAUGAUCAAUACCUUGUUGUAGCAAACAAAAGAGGUGGUGCACGAUGUGUGAACUGUAAAAUUUGUCCAGCAGGAACAUCACCGUCUAUUCGAUGUGGAAAUGGAGAUAAACUGGAAAGUAUUGAUGAAGUCAAAUGUAUGAGCUGCUCUCUUGGUGAAACAUAUUCUGAAAAGCCAGGUACACACCGUUGCAAGCCAUGCUCAACUUGCUCAUUUGGACAGAUAGAACUGACAACCUGUAAUCUGACACAUGAUAGGGUUUGUGGAAAUUGUGACAAAGGAUUUUAUAGUAUAAAUGGAACAGAAUGCAAGCCAUGCUCUGCCUGCUGUGGUGAUGAACAAGAUGUUCAAAUUCCAGAAUGUGUGAGACAUAAUAUGCCAAAGAGUAUGCAAUGUAGUUAUACUCAGAGAUCCAUCAAAGUAUGUCAAGAACAAAGCUCAACUGAGAUUGUCAUUCAACAGAAACGCACAAUCACUACAACAUUAUGGAUUGUGAUGAUAGUAGGGAUAUGUUUUGCAACCAUGGCAUUGGUGUGGUUGGGAUACUUGAAAUACAAAAAGAAUAGAGAUUCUCUCAGUAGAAUUUUCUAUACUCAGUUGCAGCCAUCUUUAGAGGAAGUGCCCCAAGGCCAGAGUCUUUUAAUGCCAUUGGAGGAACCAAUAGCUGAUGGAGCACAGGAGACUUUAUCUUUUGAUAAAUCAGGUGUUUUAGUCCAGUUCAGGGAUGCGAAUAGUUUCUUCAAUGAUGCUCAAGGAAUAAGACUAGAGAUAUGUUGGGAUAUUAACAGUAUCAAGGUGCCACUUCAAUCUGGUGAAGUGCAGCUUAGCCCUGUGAUAAAAUUUCAUCCUUAUGGGGUGCAACUAUCCAAACCAGUACAGGUCAGGAUACCACACAGUGCCCUAGUGCUUUUUAGUAAUGGCUGGGAAAUCAAAUUAAAAAGCUCUAGACCACAUAAUGAAUCAAUCAUAUGGAGGGAGGAAACUCUGUUUGAAGUCCAUAAUAAUGAAGUCAGCUUUCAAGUGGAUAAUCUUAGCUCCUACGUAGUCAUUGGUACAUCACUGGCAAAUGACAAACCAACAAAAAAGCGCCUUCAGUGUGCUGUUUUUGGUGGAGAGGGUACAGUUGGUGUGGACUACACAGCAUACUUAUAUGUGUUUGAUGACUGUGAGGCAUCAUUAGAGAAAAUCAUGCAAGAAGAGAGGUCAAAUGGAAGAAUCUUGUUGGGUUCCCCCCAGUCUCUCUAUGUCGAAACUGUGAUGAUCAAAACUGAUAUCAAGAUUUCUGUAAAAGAACCAGUUGAGGGGUGGACUGUCGGAGACAUUAAACCAGAGAGUAUUACACAAAAGAGUUUGAAGGAAUCUUAUCAAACAAUACCUAAGGCAGAAAUACUUUUUAAACAUGACAGUGGCCGCAACAGAGAUUUCCUUUGUGUAUUUGAACUAAUUAAUGAAGAAUCAACAACAACCAUUUGUGCAGUUGCCUCAAUUAAAGAGGACCCAUUUAGGAGGUCUCAGGAGCAGCAACCAAGCUUCAGUAGUGACCGCCAUUGUUUAGUGACAGGCAGGAACUUGUGUGAUCCAGUGAUUGUUAAUGAAGAAAAGGCGUCCCUUUGUCUUGAAAAACUCCCAAAAGAAGUUUUUCGUACUGUUUGCGUGACCCUGGAUAUGCCCCUUAAAGGAGUUGGCAACUGGCGACAUGUUGGAGCAUCCCUUGGAUUCAAGGAGCAAGAAAUUCAGCGUUUUAGAGAUGAGAUGUUAACUCCUGAAGGAAGUCCUUGCAUGGUGAUGUUGGAGGCGUUGAUAGUCAAGUCGCCGCUUUUUACAGUCGCAGAAUUAGUGCAGAUCCUUCAAGCAAGAAAUAUUCAGCGCUUCGAUGUUGUAGUAAUCCUUGAACCUUAUUUAUACGAGCCAAUCCUUGAGAACAGUCUUGCAUGAAAUGUCCACUAAAAUGUGAAUAUACUCUAGCACUUUUACGUAUAGGAUAUUAAUGAAAUUAAACUUAUAAUUUGGUUGUGGUUUAGUUAACAAGGUCACUGCUUCAGAGAUCGAUGUUAAACUUAAAGUUAAGAAAGAUGUCAGUUUGAAGAAUAAAGUCAGUGCAUAAUAGCAUUUGUAAUGAGAAUGUCUCUUAAGCUUUGGGAUCUAUGGUGAGAAAAAAUGAAAAAUGGAAGUUCGUAUCACAAGUUAAAUUUCCUUGAUUGCCAUCAAUUUAUAGCCAGUAGCACUUCAAUGAAAUACAGGCUAUAAUGAUAUUAUAAAUGCCUAGUAUGCAUAUAAUUUAGUAGUGUGAAACGUUGUACACUUUUCUGUAAGACCAAUGGUUAUGAAUUCAGAGUUGACAACUGUCCCUGCUACGAUAUUUAAUAAGUGAAUAAUUCCCACAGUAAUGUUCCAAGUUAAGCAACUUACACACACACAGUAAAAUAUUAGUGCACUGCUUUUGAAAUUGUCCGCCUUACAUAUCAGCUGAUUUAAAAAUAAGAAAUAUUAAACAAAAAAUACGAAGAAAAAUUAAAACAACAACGACAACAACAAACAAACAAAACUAUGGAAAAAGAGUGAAAAUUGAAUAAAAGA